AUGGCCACGUACUACAUAUACUUCCCGUUCCUUACUUCUGAGGUGAAGUGCGGUGCUGCAGCGCUCGAUAUCGCGGACCGACAGAAUGCCCACAGCAUGACGCUUGCGGUGAGAGCUACUGUUGAGCUCUUUAGACUUGUUGGUCGUGAGAGAGAGCUUCAUCGGGAGAUUCUUGCUUUCUCAACCUCGCAUGACCACCAAUUGGUGAGAAUCUAUGGACACUACCCUGUCAUUGACGGGAAGGAUACCAAGUAUUACCGCCAUCCAAUACAUGAGUUCAGCUUCACAGAACUGGAUGGAAGGGAGCAAUGGACGGCGUACAAAUUCACCAAGAAUGUCUACGAAAUAUGGAUGCCGAAUCACUUCAAACGGCUAUGUUCAGCUAUAGAUCAAAUCCCGGCAGAUCUGGAUUUCAGCGUUCCACAACUUUCCCAGAGUUUUAGGCUUUCAGAAGACCUUCAGCGCCAUAAUCUUUCUAGAUCAAGCCAGCCUGAUUCUCAAUCACAAGGAAACAGUCAGCCAAGUACUGGCAGCGGCGCAAGGGACUCUACCCCUAACACCUCUUUCACUGGCGGAGGCGCGCCGAAGAGGCCCAGGAAAAGGCUUGCUAAAGGACAGUAG